CUUCUCCCUCCUUUUCUUUUCCUCCUUCUCUCAUCUCUCUUAUACCCCCCCUUUGUCUCUCUAAUCACUUCCAUACACAAUGGCUGCCCCCGCUCAGAAGUUCAAGGUCGCUGACAUCUCCCUGGCCGCCUUCGGUCGCCGGGAGAUCGAGCUCUCCGAGGUUGAGAUGCCUGGUCUCAUGGCCAUCCGUGCCAAGUACGGUGCUGACCAGCCCCUCGCCGGUGCCCGCAUCGCCGGUUGCCUGCACAUGACCAUCCAGACCGCUGUCCUCAUCGAGACCCUCGUUGCCCUCGGUGCUGAGGUCACCUGGACCUCCUGCAACAUCUUCUCCACCCAGGAUCACGCCGCUGCCGCCAUUGCCGCUGUCGGUGUCCCUGUCUUCGCCUGGAAGGGUGAGACCGAGGAGGAGUACCAGUGGUGCCUUGAGCAGCAGCUGUUCGCCUUCAAGGAUGACAAGAAGCUCAACCUCAUCCUCGAUGAUGGUGGUGACCUGACCUCCCUCGUCCACGCCAAGUACCCCGAGAUGCUCGAGGACUGCUACGGUGUAUCCGAGGAGACCACCACCGGUGUCCACCACCUGUACAAGAUGAUGAAGGAGGGCAAGCUGAAGGUCCCCGCCAUCAACGUCAACGACUGUGUCACCAAGUCCAAGUUCGACAACCUGUACGGUUGCCGUGAGUCCCUCAUUGACGGUAUCAAGCGUGCCACCGAUGUCAUGAUCGCUGGUAAGAUCGGUGUCGUCGCCGGUUACGGUGAUGUCGGCAAGGGUUGCGCCCAGGCUCUCCACUCCAUGGGUGCCCGCGUCCUCGUUACUGAGGUCGACCCCAUCAACGCCCUCCAGGCUGCCGUCCAGGGUUUCGAGGUCGUUACCAUGGAUGAGGCUGCUUCCCUCGGUCAGAUCUUCGUCACCACCACUGGCUGCCGUGACAUCCUGGUUGGCCGCCACUUCGAGGCCAUGCGCAACGACGCCAUCGUCUGCAACAUUGGUCACUUCGACAUUGAGAUCGACGUUGCCUGGCUCAAGGCCAACGCUCAGUCCGUCCAGAACAUCAAGCCCCAGGUUGACCGCUACCUCCUGAACGGCAAGCACAUCAUCCUGCUCGCCGAGGGCCGUCUGGUUAACCUUGGCUGUGCCACUGGUCACUCUUCCUUCGUCAUGUCCUGCUCUUUCUCCAACCAGGUCCUGGCUCAGAUCGCCCUCUACAAGGCCGAGGACGUUGCCUUCGGCAACAAGUACAUCGAGUUCGGCUCCUCUGGCAAGAAGCCCGUCGGUGUCUACGUUCUGCCCAAGCAGCUUGAUGAGCAGGUCGCUCGCUGCCACUUGGAGCACGUCAACGCUAAGCUGACUGAGCUCACCCCCGUCCAGGCUGAGUACCUCAGCCUUGACGUUAACGGCCCCUACAAGAGCGAGAUCUACCGCUACUAAACAAACCACUUAAUCUCUUCUUUUCCAAUUGCGUCCGAUAUUCCAUGAGCUUUCUUCUUGAGAAAUAGACUUUCAACAUGAUUCGACGAUGUUACGAUUGGCAUUUCGGGUUCUUUAUCAACUUUGAACCCUAAAAGUGGUUGUCCUUCAACGGCAUAAAAGUGGUCUCCACACUGGGAGUGGAGAAGGUGUGCUUGAUGUGUUUUUGUUUCACUGGCGUGGGUCGACCUGGAAUCUGGUCUUGCAUUCAACACUGCGUACGGAUGGGAAUUUCCUUUUUUAUUUUCUACGAUUCUAUUCUUACUUGAUACCUUAUCUCUGUGCUGGCUCUGACCUGACCUUUUGCUUCCUUUUGGAAUGGUUAAUACUGUUCCUGGGGUUGAGUGGCUUGCGUCGGAUGUCUAUGUGUAGCUGCACAGUUACUAAAAAUAUAAUGACGCCGGGCGCGAAAUUUGCUCUGCAUCUUGUGGCAUUUAGUGUAGACUAAUG